GCACACCAUGUGGACCUGGACGGGCGUGUGUCAUGCGCACGAGUCCAGACGCCCCCGAUCCCAGACGAAACAAGAAGGAGAGAACGACCUUGGAAUGAAGGGAGAGACACACGCACGGGCAUGGAAGACUCCGUUGAGGAACGUGGAAGGUUGAGAUCGCAAAGGGAGAAGAAAGGAAGGAAGGGAAGGAAGGAGGAGAGGCAAUCUCUGGUUCAUCCGCGCCGUGACGCCGCUUCUCGAUUGUCUCGCGAGAAACGGCUGCCCGAACGUGGGAAAUGCAAAUGGUCGUCUCACAACAACAACGGCGAGCACGGGCGGAGAACAGCUUCGACGAUGAGGAAGUGUGGGAUGCAUGAGGUCAUGUCUCACAUUGGGUCCCACACGAGCAGAGAGUUGAGCGAAACCGUUCAUGCGGUGCUCGCGGGCCCAACUGUCUCGCGGGCGAAACCCCAGGGGGCUUUUCCCCGUGCCCUUGCUCACACAUGCUCACCGUUUGUUUGUUUUCGAUCAGUACGGUGGAACCCUGCUUCUUUCCCCGAUUCUUUCUCGCCCGCGAUGAGGUUAUUGUGUUGUGAACACAUCCUCGUAGCCGCCCGUCCGGCAGACCUCAUGUGGCGCGAUCGGGGCGCUGAAAGGGGCCUCAACCGUCUACAGACGUCGCGAAUCAUCCUGCGUAAUGUUAACAUUGGAGGUUAUUCGACACUAGCAUCGCCCUCGUCAGCAGGCGGAGAAACAAUGCCCUGGUAGAAUUCUCUCGUCUGGUCGAGUCGUUUGACCACCUGCAUGCUGCACUUGAGUGCAUUUCAGUGUUGAAACGGUCGUCCCGGAGCACCACCCAUGCGAGACUUGCGGGUCAUGCAGGGUCGGUGGAAUGGGUCAG